GACAGGGCGUGUCCCAUGCUGACCCCAGCCCUGCCCAGGCCGGACAGUGCCGUGCCCGGGGAUGUCCUGGUGCUGACCAAACCCUUGGGGACACACAUGGCUGUCACCGCACACCAGUGGCUGGACAUCCCCGAGCGCUGGAACAAGAUCAAGCUGGUGGUGACGAGGGAGGAGGUGGAGUUGGCCUAUCAGGAGGCUGUGUCCAGCAUGGCCACGCUCAACCGCACCGCGGCAGGGCUGAUGCGGGCGUUUGGGGCGCACGCGGCCACCGACGUGACGGGGUUUGGGGUGCUGGGCCACGCCCGCGCGCUGGCGGCGCAGCAGCGUCUCGACGUGGCCUUCGUCAUCCACAACCUGCCCGUCAUUGCCAAGAUGGCCGCCGUCAGCAAGGCCUGCGGGGGCCGUGGGGGGCUGCUGCAGGGCACCGCCCCCGAGACCUCAGGAGGGCUGCUGGUGGUGCUGCCCCGGGCCCAAGCUGCACGGUUCUGCGCUGAGCUGAAGGCACCGGGCCGCGCUGAGGGGCUGCAGGCCUGGAUCGUGGGGGUGGUGGAGAAGGGGCCCCGCGGCGCCCGCGUCAUUGACAAACCCCGGCUGAUCGAGGUGCCCCCCCGCGGGGCCCCCCCACACCCUGACAGCCCCGGGAGCCCCCCCCCGGAGCCACCCCGAGCGCCCUUCUAGGGGGGUAGCCCCCAAAACAUCCCAGAAUUGGGGUAAAUCCUAGCCCUGACACAGCUCCAGGAGAGAGAACCCCAAAGAAAACUCCCAAGUUAU